AUGAUUGGAAACGCGGCCAAGCGGGUUGCCCUGCAAAGACUCGGUGUGGACAUCACCAGGCCCAACACGACCCGGGGCCACGGCGAGAUCCAUCUUAACAAGGCUCCUGUCGGCGCGUCCGGCGCAAGGCCGACGCUGAUUGCCGAUGCCGACGUUCCGCCUCAUAAGCGGCUCGGCAGGCCGAGAAAAUCUACGCUUUGCCAUGAAGUCGUAGCAAGGCCACUGUCAAUCUCUCACGGCGGGAACAUCUCCACAAUGCCGUCCGCGAUGCCGUCUGCGAUGUCGCCCACGACCUUAGAAGCUAGCGAUCAUGUCUAUAAUCGCAUGCUUCUCCCGUUUGCUGAUGCUGUGUGUUUCUUUGCCGACGACAUCGGCGGCGUAGAGGUCGUCGCCCAGCGUCUUGCGUCAUGGCUGAGCCUGAGUACGCCGUCCACAUCGUCGGUGCGGCCCUGGUUAGUGGUCGUCGUGAACGGCGACGAAGAGGAUUCCGCACGAAAUCACCUGCUACAGUCAAUCCGCAAGAGGACAAACGCCCACGUGUCCGAACGAUUCCACGGCGUCCGCGUCAUCAGCCUGGCCGACAAGACACCUAAGUCUCUCCGACGCCGCCUUGAUUCCCUGCGUUGGGACAUACUCAGCAAUGAGCUGUCCUACAUGACGGAGACAAAACGGGUCGAGCGCGUGCUCGCCAGCUGCCUCUUCUCGGCCACCCACCUCGCCGGCCUUCUCCGCCACGCCACAGAGCACGUCGGCGGUGCCGGCGCGCCGCCCCUCGACUUCCUCGCCGUCUCCCGGCUCGACAACCCGGUGGCGGCCGAUCUGCCGGCGCACCUCGCAGGGUUCCUCACGCAUUGCGACUCCGUCGACGACCUGAAGAGGUUCGCCGUACCUGUCAUCGCCUCCAGCUUCAUACUGGACCAGUACCCUCCGGACAUGCACCUCUUCGAUCCGCGCGACGUCUUCCAGAUGUUCUACAAGGACGUGUGCCACAACGUGUGCGGCACCGCCGUCCUCGCGCACGAAGGGUCCACCGACUUCCUCCUGCCGUCUCAGUUCGCCAAGAUGGUCGAGGGGCAGAUGGCCCGUAUGUUCCGGCAGCUGGCGACGGGCCAAGCCUCGGCGUCGCUGCAUCGACAGCUUGUCGCCGCCUUCGCGGAGGACUGGGUCCAGCUCAAGUCCAACAGCACAUGCUACCUUUGUCUGCGGCGCGCUCCGCAGGUCUUUCCCGCGUGCGGCCACGGUCACUGUCGAAACUGUGUCGAGGUAUUUGGCGUCGCAAGCGCGGCCGACCCGUGGCUCAUC